GAAAAGAAAACAUUGUUAGAAACAAAAAACAUGUUCUUUUUAUAUUUUUAUUGAGAGAAAUAGGCAAAUGGGCAUUAUGUAUGUAAACAUUUCAAUAGUGGCCAGUUGUAGCAAAACAACAUAAACAAAUUUGCUGCAAAAAUACACAUGUGUACCGUGUACGUAUGAGAAACCAAGACAAAGGUUUUGCGAUAUCUUUUUGUGUCGAGCCCUUAUAUAUGUAUCAUCGCAAGUACGUACUUUUGCUACAACUUACAAAACUCUUAUUUCGUCCGCAAUAUUGUACAUACACAUCUAUAAAUAUAUAUAUAACAGGCAGUGGUCUCAUUCAUAUGAUGUAUACGAUAUUAGAGGUACGAGAAACAAAAUGGACAUUUGUUUGUAACAUUGUGUCUAAGUAUGUAAAGGAAAAUGGGAGACAUUGUAGGGCAAUGUUAUAGUCCUACCCGAUUUUGUUUUGUAUACAUUCUUUUACAAAUUUAAUUACAUCUCUCUAGUCCUUGUUGGCUCUGUCCUCGAUGUUUGUUAGCCCUUGCCUCCUACAUCCCACAUGAUUUUGCUUUCACAAGAACAGGAAAUCAAAAUAUAACUAACUUGAAUCCAAAUAGGAAAUCUAGAUUCAUGGAAUAACUUAAAUUGCUUCGGUUUAAUAUAAGAUACAUAUAUAUUCGCCAUGUUACUGAAACUUGAACUUGGAUCCGUGUAUAUGCUCUGCAAUGUCACAUGACUAAUUGAGAUACCGUCACUAGUUAUCUAUAAAUGCUCUACUAAAAAAUACGUGUUUUUUUCAUUGAGUUUUAUCCCAGUACUUUAAAUCACUGCAUGUGUAAUAUAUACAUAUCUACAUACUGUAGAAAUAUUCUUCUUUUACAUCAAACUAUACAGUAACCUAGUCACUAAUUUUUCAAGUUCAUAAUUAAGCAACCAGUUAUGAUCUAUAAGUAACUUAACAAAGUAGAAAGGUAUGGUCGACUUUGCAUUUAUUCUAAUGCAUAUCUAUAUAUAUAUAUUUAAUAAUACCUAUAAUAUAGUCACUGUUUGGUCAACGCUAGCAGUAAUCAAACCCAAUUUAUUAUUAUCUAUAUAGCUAUACUCACCAAACUAUAAAAGCAUAGUAAUGUACUAUAUAUAUAUUAUUUUCUUUUCUUUAGUAAUUUAUGCCAUCCAAACUGUCCAUACUCCAUAUAAAUACGUCUCCAUGGACGUCUAACAUCCAUAACAUUUCUUCAAACAAACCCCUAGUUAUAGAAAAAAGAAGAAGAAAAUAUUUAAAAUAAAGUAAUGGCCAUAAAGAGGUCAACUCAAGCAGCAUCGAUCAAGCAAAUCCUAAAGAGGUGCUCAAGUCUAGGGAAGAAGAAGAACGUCAACGGUUGCUACUAUAAUCAAGAAGAUGAUAGUUUUCCACAAGACGUGCCAAAAGGUCAUUUUCCGGUUUACGUUGGACCGGACCGAAGUCGGUACAUCGUUCCCAUCUCGUGGCUCGGAAACUCUGAGUUUCAAACGUUGCUCCGACUAGCCGAGGAAGAGUUUGGUUUUGAACACAAUAUGGGUCUAAUCAUACCCUGUGAUGAAGUGUUCUUCAAGUCUCUCAUCUCCAUGUUCAGAUAAAAUUCGAUCGAAAUCCAAGUAAUCUGAUUAAUAGCUACGGGAUGUGUUUUUUGGAAUGAUCAUAAGAAGAAUCAACCCGAUUGUUUUUUUUUCUUUGCAAGACUUUGUAAUAGUUGGGAUUGGGUAUGUGGGAGGCUUUUUUUUUUCCCUCUACUCAACGUGAAAGGUUUGACUAGUGAUCUUGAUAUGUGUAACUAGUUAACUUCUAUAGGCCAGUUUUUAUCUAUCAAGAAAUUUUAUAUGA